GAAAGUUUUUUUUUUAAAUUCGAAUUUCGUAUGCAACUCUAACAUUUGUUGUAUUUACCAACAUUGUUUUCUGUCAGAUUUUAUCAUAUGUUUUGUUUUUGUUUUUCUUUCUGGACAUCUGGACAGCUGUACUGCAAUAAAGCGCCUAAUGGACACAUAUUUCGGCGUGGAGUACGAUCCCACCUUCUGUGAGUUUAACGACCAGUGUGAGGGAGUGCAAGCCUUCCUGCUCGACCGUCGCCAUGUCAAGAGCUCAAGGAAGUUGCACAAAAGCAAUGGAAAUAAUAACAAUGGCAUGAGGGGAUCAUGCACAAAGCACAUAGUACACAAAAAAAGAAGAAAGAAGAAUAAAAUAAGCAAACACGAGAGAACAGAACCUGUCGAAGAUGGUGCGCCGUCUGAUUUCCAAAAAGAGGAUGCCACUUGCUUAGAUUUGAAUCAGUCGAUUACACCGGGUUAUGUAUUCUGCAAUGCCGAGCUGCAUGUUGAUGAAAAUAGCCAGGAUAAUAUUCAUUUUGAAGAUGUCUUUGCGGAGGAUAGGUCGGGUUGGUUGUUCGAUGACCACAUUCGGCCUAUUUCGCCCAUUAAGGAUAUAUCCUCUAUAGAAAGGGCAUUAUUUCCUUCGUCAAAGCAGAUUUGGGACAACUACGAGGGGCUCAAGUACGGCGCUUCGCCUAAAUGGCCGCUAAAAGCUUCUGCUGAAGAAUACAAAGCGCAGACAAGUAACAUUGAAGAGCUCUUCGAAGAAGCAUAUGAUACUUUUUUUCCUAACGAAGAGCUCUAUAAAGAAAACAGUGAUGAUGCUGAAGAGAGCAGCUGCGAAGUACCUGAAAAGAAAGAAUCCAAAAAAAUCAGCCUUGUAAGGCAAAGCGACCAGCAACUGAAUGACGCCGAAAGUUGGAUUUCCAACUGGCAGAGCGACUGCAAGCUACAGUUAGUAACUGUAGCAAAGCUAGAGCAAAGCUCUGUGGAGUUGGACAGCCUGGAGCUAACUCUGGACGAAGAGCGAGCCAUUGCGGACUAUCUCAAGUCACAGCGACUACAUGCGCCGCUCAGUGAUAUCAAAAUGUACGACAAAUUGCUUAGCAUGGCGAGGGAUGAGAGCAAAAGGGAUAUGCUGCGUGAUAUGCUGAGACCCAAAGUUGUGCCAAAGCAUAAGGAGCAGGAACAGCCAGCUGUAGAGUUGCUGCCAACAGAUGCGAUGCAAGUGAUUGAAGCAAGUGUUGAGCAAACAGUAGAUGAGCUUGUCGUGAAGCAGUCUACAUCUGAAAAAGAAGAAACUGUUGUGCCCAUGGAGGUGCCUCCUCCUGUGGUGGAGCCGGCUGCAGUGGAAGCUGUGACAACUGCGGAUAGUUCGCUCGGCAAGCCGAAUGAGGAGCAGGUGAGCGCCUGGCUAGAGCAGGUGGGCCAGAAUAUUUCCAGCUUUGUGCAAACUAAAAUUGAAAGCACGGCAGUCGAGCCUGUUGACUUGGAGCUGCAAAUUAGCAAAACAAAUGCAGAGCAGCCGCGCAAGGAGCAAAUGCCGACGCAGUCCACUGUGAAUCCAUGGCAGAGCAGCUUUAAGCGUCGCCUAAAUGGCGAUGCUAUUCAUCAGAGCCUCACCGAGUUUCGCGAUCCGCAGGACAAGCGUUUGCGCAGUCGCUGGCCGAGCGAGGCGGGCAAGCAGGCUACUACUACCGUGGAGGUUGUGAAUCGUCAGAUAACCAUGCCGCCACUGCCACCGCAGUCGCAUCAGGCGCUCCAGCAGAUACGAAUACUGCGUCAGCCCGUGAAGCGCAAAGCGGAGCGCGCCAGCCUCAAAGUCGAAUCAAAGCCGACGCGGCCUUACAGCAGCGUGCACGCCAAUCGAGCGUUGAAUCUCAACCAAUUGGCCAACCAGCUGGAGGAUGUGGUCUACAACAGCGAUAUACAUGUGAUACAGAAGCGCUACGAGGCGGCGCAAAUGGCCUGGAUCUGGGACGAUGGCAGCAUACUGGUCAUCAACUCGAGGAGCAAGGCCAUACUGGCGGACACGCAGCAGCAGCUGCUCGCCAAGAUACUGCAGGCCAUGCAGCCGCCCGAUCUGCUGGAUCACCAGGCGCUGCAUUCGCACUGCAUGAACGUGGCGCAGUUUCCCUGGCAGGUAUCCAUAGAGGAUUUUGGUCAGACGCUGGCGAUCUGCAAGGACACCAUACACACCACCAAUCCCUACACGUUCUUUGUGCACAAGAAUCUGCCCAGCGUGGCCGCCAAGGUGUACGAGUCGGGGGCGACGCAUGUGUUUGCCAUGAGCACCAACGAGGCGGAUCAAAUGCUGGAGAAGCUCUAUCUGCUCACCUCGAACUACAGGCGCGCAAAGCCGCAGCCCCCGCCGAAGUCAGCUGAGCCAUUGAGCAAGCUAAAGCCAAAGCCCAAAGGCACCAUUAACACGCUCUUUCCCAAACGCUGUAGCUAA